AUGCCCGUGGAUGGCGACGAUCCAUUUACUUCGGUAGCUAAUUUUGAUGAAGAUUACAGCAGUGCUUUAGCCGAUCUUUUGAACGCUACGAUACGUCGAGCCCUGUAUUCGACUGAUAAAGCAGUUGAAGAAGUAACAAAAAGAGCUGUUACUGAGAUUGAGGAAGAAGAAGAAGAAGAAGAAGAAGAAGAAGGUUUUGAAGAAAGCGUUUCUUCAGAAGCGUUUCUGUCUUUCUCCGGAGAAUUAUUCACCAUUUUUAACAGAGAUCAGGAAGCUAUUUUCGUCCGCUUGGCAAACUCUUGUUGCUCAUUUCUCCGGUUUCCUCUUUGCAAACUUUAA